GUUUAUCUUUUGCUUGUUUUCUGUGGGGUUUCUCGCCGUGAAUUGAUCACAUUGACUCUUUUUUCCCCGAUCAGAACGAGUCACUCACUCAUGCCACACAUCAGCCAUGUCUGCAUGAAGCCACACACACGUCUCAGUCAAUUUGCACCCCGAUUGACGCUCCUUGUUUCGGUCAACAAACAUGCACCAGCCAAGCAGCACUCACCGCUCACUUCCUUCCCUUCCGUCUAACGACCAUCGUAAAACCCUCCUCAUCUACCACCGGCGCACUCGGCUGGGACCCUCCCUGACUCUGACCACCCCCACUGGCCUCCCCAGUGCUGACUCCCUGCCCUCGCGAUGGCACACCCUCGUCCGUCUGCAUCUCCUCAUCUUCGUCAUGGUUGCUGUCCCCAUCCACGCGAUCCAGCGGUGCACCGGUCUCUGAGGUAAGGAAAGCAGCACAACACGUGCUUCCUCAUGGAUGGUGUCCAGAUGGGUGGUUUGUUUGCUGACUGACCGUCGAUGUAGGUGAAGCCCUGCUGGCCCUUGGAUGCGCUCGCAGGCGCCGCUUGGACCUGAAGGAUCUGCACAAUCCACCCAUCCACGCAGGACAGACAGGCACUACAAACAGUGGGCUUGCUUCUCGCCUGCCGGUUGGUCCGUCCCCUGACCUGAUGUGCGAGCGUGAAGUUGUUGGCGUCGCAUUCCUGGUAGAGUCUCAAGAUCAAACCAGCCACCUCCUCCUGCAACAACGAUGGCCAUCACCACACACGGUCACAACACAGCACUCACUCACUGGCCAUGUGUGUCCGUGUGCGUACCGGGCUGUUGUCCUCUGCGUUGCAGCUGAAGUCCUUCAACAGCCUCUCAAACAAAAAGUCGGCGAGGCGGUCGAUGCUGAUCCGACGCACAGAUGACGCGGCUGUCAGGCAGGCACGCCGGCAGCACAAGCCAAACAGACAGGCGGGUCGAUUGUCAGCCUGUCGUGUUUCGUGUGCGAGUUUUGUUCCUCACGUUGGUUGAUGAACAUGUCCAGGACGGCCUGAUAGAGCUCCUCUCUCUUUUUGUAGGAGUCACGCCCGCCCAUCCCAUGCUCAACACACAACGAAAGCGCCGUCCUGAAACACACACGUCACCACGCCGUCCGAGCAGUCUGGCCGUGAAGUAUUCCGAAGCGUGCUGCGUUUGCGCACCCACCAGUCCUUGAAGACCUUGAGCAAGGCCUGCUGGAACACGUCCACCUUGUUCACCGACGCCAUGGACGAAGCGAGAUUCGCUGAGGUUUGUCCUACGCCCAAUCAGGCGAGCAGGGAAACGCUCGGAAACACAGGAGCGAAGCCGCUUUGUCGCCGC